ACUCAUUUUGCCCUCAUUUUUAAUUAAAUUAAAUUAACUAGUCAUAAACAUAAACCUCAAAAAGUUAAACCCUGGUGGCGACGAUUCUCCCGAGUUCAACGCAACUCUGUCCAAAUCUGUUAGGGCUCGCUAAUCCUUAGUUACCGUCUUGAUCAUGGCCUCUUCUGAUGCUUCUGAUGCUCUCGCAGAGAGGAAAAAAGUUGAACUGUUCUUUAAUGCCGCUUGCUCAGGGAACCUUGAUUUCUUGAAGAAGGUGGCGGAGAAGCUUGAUGAUGGGAAAGGACUGGCGAAAACGAUAGCUGAUAUUAAGGAUGCCAACAAGCGAGGUGCACUUCACUUUGCGGCCAGAGAGGGCAAGACUGAGGUCUGCAAGUACUUGUUGGAGGAACUCAAACUCGAUGUUGAUACUAGAGACGAAGAUGGGGAGACUCCUCUUAUUCAUGCUGCUAGGCAAGGGCACACUGAUACAGCUAAAUUCCUUCUUGAACAUGGUGCUGAUCCUUCUAUAGCCAGUAAUUUAGGGGCUACAGCUCUCCAUCAUUCUGCAGGCAUAGGAGAUAUUGAGUUGAUGAGGCAUAUACUUUCUAAAGGUGUGGAUGUCAAUUCACAAAGUGAUGCUGGCACUCCUUUAAUUUGGGCUGCUGGUCAUGCUCAACCCGAAGCUGUUAAAAUUUUGCUAGAACACAAUGCUAAUCCGAAUGCUGAAACUGAUGAUGACAUUACUCCAUUAUUGUCAUCUGUAGCAGCUGGCUCACUUCCAUGCCUGGAGUUACUAAUUCAGGCAGGUGCUAAAGUGAAUAUUAGUGCUGGUGGAGCAACUCCUUUGCUGAUUGCUGCUGAUCAUGGGAACCUAGAAAUCAUUAACUGUUUGAUAAAAGCUGGAGCAGAUCCCAAUGUGACUGAUGAGGAUGGCACCAAGCCAAUACUGGUUGCAGCUUCAAGGAGCAACCGGGAAGCUGUUGAGAUAUUGUUUCCCUUGACAUCAAAGAUUGACUGUAUCCCAAAAUGGACAAUAGACGGCAUACUGGAGUACAUGCAUUCUGAAACUAGCAGACAGGAGGAAGAAUCAAGAAGUUUGAAGGAAGCUAAUAUUUCGAAGGACUUACCGAAGCAAGAUCUUCCUGAGGUGACACCUGAAGCAAAGAAGAAAGCCGCAGAAGCGAAAUCAAGAGGAGAGGAGGCUUUUAAAAGGAAGGAAUUUGAUACUGCCGUAGAUGCUUAUACCCAGGCAAUUGAUCUAGACUCUACUGAUGGAACUUUGUUCUCUAACCGAAGCCUUUGCUGGCUUCGUCUUGGUCAAGCUGAGCAAGCCUUAGCAGAUGCAAAGACAUGUAGAGCAUUAAGACCAGAUUGGCCAAAAGCUUGCUAUCGUGAAGGCGCAGCGUUACGCUUAAUGCAGAAAUUUGAUGAAGCAGCCAAUGCCUUCUACGAGGGCGUGCAGCUUAAUCCUGAAAGUCGAGAGCUUGUAGACGCUUUCAGGGAGGCCAUUGAAGCUGGGAGGAAAUUCCAUGGCACUGACAAGAAAAAGCCAUAGUGACUCUUUUAGGCAUUGGAGUCCUUGAUCCUGAUUUUCCUGUUAUGCUUUUAGAUGAGUGUAAAAUGAAAAUGUUGUUUGUAAGAAACAGUUUUGGGAGUAAGAUGUUGUGUGAUUCUUUUUAUUAUUAGUAAUGCAAUUGUUUGGUUUAGUUGUCCUAACA